AUGGGAACAGCUGGCAUCGAUGGGGACUUAGGCUGGGACCAGUACCGCAACCGGCGGCAUCAGAAUGAAGGCUCCAGGAUCGACUACGUCAUGGUGGACAGAGCCUUCUUCCAAGCGCACGCCUCGCCGGGAGGAGGUCUUGCCUCUUCCGGGCGGUUGCAGCCCAACAGCGCUGCUGCAGCGUUAGAUGCUGCCACGUUUGGUGGCAUCUCUCAACCCGCCCCCUUCAAUGGCGGAAUGCCUGAGCUGGAAGAGGAUGAGUACUUCGCGCAGUUCCGGGCAGACAAGGAGGGCCCCUCCACUGGAAUUGUCUACACGCCUCAACAGCUGUCGGACCAUGUGGCGGUUUCUCUCCUGCUGCGUCAAGGUUCCAACGUCGGCAG